AUGGUUAGUCAGUUUAUGCAUUCGCCUGGACAAGAACAUUUCAAUGCAGUCUAUAGAAUUCUCACGUAUUUGAAAGGGACUCCUGGAAGAGGUUUGUUAUUCAAGAAUCCUGGGCACUUGCAAGUUGAAGCCUAUAUUGAUGCGGAUUGGGCUGGAAAUGUUGUUGAUAGACGAUCAACUUUUGGCUAUUGCACAUUUGUUGGUGGCAAUCUUGUUACAUGGCAAAGCAAGAAGCACAAUGUGGUGGCAAGAAGCAAUGCAGAAGCUGAGUUUAGAUCAGUUGCUCAUGGGAUUUGUGAGUUGUUGUGGAUUAAGAGACUCUUGGAAGAAUGUUUCUGA